GGCGCGCUCCCCGGAAGCGGAAGCGGAGAGCGGUUGGACCGCCCGUUCUGCCGCUGCGCGCACGAGGAGUUUCCCGCGCGGGCCGCCGCCGUCCCGUCGCCAUGAGCCUGCCCCUCAACCCCAAACCCUUCCUCAACGGGCUGACGGGGAAACCGGUGAUGGUGAAGCUGAAGUGGGGGAUGGAGUACAAGGGUUACCUCGUCUCCGUCGACGGGUACAUGAACAUGCAGCUUGCGAACACAGAGGAGUACAUAGACGGUGCGCUGUCCGGACACCUGGGUGAAGUUUUGAUAAGGUGCAAUAAUGUUUUGUACAUCAGAGGUGUGGAAGAAGAGGAAGAAGAUGGAGAAAUGAGAGAAUAGGUGUUUUGUAUAUCUGGAAAUAAACUUUUUUUUUCUUUGUUUUGUUUUUCCAUAA